CCGAAAAUGGCGGAGUACCUGGCGUCCAUUUUCGGCACAGAGAAAGACAAGGUCAACUGUUCCUUCUAUUUUAAAAUCGGGGCUUGCAGACAUGGAGACCGCUGCUCGAGAUUGCACAACAAACCGACCUUCAGCCAGUGAAAAAAACUACUGCUGGAUCCCCACCGACAUGUCACUGGUGCUUCCCUGACCCACACAUCAUCCUCCCACUAGGUUUUGAGAUUCUUGGCAAUGAAGGAUCUUGUGCCUGCAUGACUGUCAGAAUACCAUCUUGAUUCAGAACAUCUACCGAAAUCCCCAGAACAGUGCCCAGACCGCAGAUGCUUCACGCUACCAUUUCCCUCUUGAACAUUUACCUUCAUAACCUUCAAAACUCAAGUCUGCUGGUGGUUUGCACUGUGCCGUCAGUGACGUGGAAAUGCAGGAGCACUAUGACGAGUUCUUUGAGGAGGUGUUCACAGAGAUGGAGGAGAAGUACGGAGAGGUGGAGGAGAUGAACGUGUGCGAUAACUUGGGCGACCAUCUCGUCGGCAACGUCUACGUUAAGUUCCGUCGUGAGGAGGAUGCAGAGAAAGCAGUCAUGGACCUGAACAACCGCUGGUUCAAUGCUCAACCCAUCCACGCAGAGCUCUCCCCGGUCACGGACUUCAGGGAAGCUUGCUGCCGCCAGUAUGAAAUGGGAGAGUGCACCCGAGGUGGUUUCUGCAACUUCAUGCACCUUAAACCAAUAUCACGGGAACUUCGAAGGGAAUUGUAUGGCCGCCGGAGGAAAAGGCACCGCUCUGGCUCGCGCUCCCGGGAACAACGCUCCCGCUCCAGGGAUCGACGGCGGGAUCGUGAAAGGCGAAGGUCGAGGGAUCGGGAGCGCUCUGGAAGGUUCUAAAGGAAGCCAAGACUGUCCCAAUGUUCCCACAGCACAUCCUUCCCUCUCCACCCCAGCCGUGAUGACAAAGUUAUUUUCUUUUUGGUGAAUUGUAUGAAGGUUUUUUUUGUUUCUUUUAUUCCCUUUUUUAAAGACGAGCUUGUGUCGCUUUCUAAAUAAAACAUAUUUGUAACUCA